CUCCUUCUCCGGGCGGAGAGCAUCUAGAAGAAACGAGGCACCCCACCCUCCACAUUCCUCCAGGCCCAGGACAGUGAGCCGUGCAGAGAAAGUGCCAGGUCACAGGCUGGACACCGGUCACCUAGCCUAGCUUAGUGGACUGGCAGAUGGACAAGUUUUCGGCACCUUAGCUGCUCCUGGGAGCUCAGGGCAGAAGCACAAGGAGCAGCCCUGCUGAUCAGGUGGCCAAGUCCCAGGGUUCGAAGGUGCCUAGACCUGCCAGGGGUCCUGCAACCCCUUCGCUGGAACGUCUUCCUGGAGCAGGACAAAAAGCAUCCAGUCCCUGCCUCUCCCAUCUCUGUGAAGAGACCGGCUUCUAACAGACAGUGCUGGGCUGACUUGCCAUCAUGCCAGGUCUGCUCAGUCUCCCAACACUUUGCCACUUCCUUCUCCCUUGGGCCUUCGCCAUUCUCCACAAAGCCCUGGGGGACGCAGCACCCCACCCUGGUCCCCACUACCUCCUGCCCCCCAUCCACGAGGUCAUUCACUCUCAUCGUGGGGCCACGGCCACGCUGCCCUGCGUCCUGGGCACCCCGCCUCCCAGCUACAAGGUCCGCUGGAGCAAAGUGGAGCCCGGGGAGCUCCGGGAAACGCUGAUCCUCAUCACCAACGGCCUGCACGCCCGGGGCUACGGGCCCCUGGGGGGGCGUGCCAGGAUGCGGAGGGGGCACCGGCUGGACGCCUCCCUAGUCAUCGAGGGCGUGCGCCUGGAGGACGAGGGCAGGUACCGCUGUGAACUCAUCAACGGCAUCGAGGACGAGAGCGUGGCGCUGACGCUGCGCCUGGAGGGAGUGGUGUUUCCGUACCAGCCCAGCCGGGGCCGGUACCAGUUUAAUUACUACGAGGCGAAACAAGCAUGCGAGGAGCAGGACGGGCGUCUGGCCACCUACGCCCAGCUGUACCAGGCGUGGACCGAGGGCCUGGACUGGUGCAACGCGGGCUGGCUGCUCGAGGGCUCGGUGCGCUACCCGGUGCUCACGGCGCGCGCCCCGUGCGGCGGCCGGGGGCGGCCGGGGAUCCGCAGCUACGGGCCCCGAGACCGGAAGCGCGACCGCUACGACGCCUUCUGCUUCACUUCGGUGACUGCAGGCCACGUGUUCUUCGUGCCCGGGCGGCUGACGCUGUCCGAAGCGCACGCGGCGUGCCGGCGACGCGGGGCCACGGUGGCCAAGGUCGGGCACCUCUACGCUGCCUGGAAGUUCUCGGGGCUGGACCAGUGCGACGGCGGCUGGCUGGCGGAUGGCAGCGUGCGCUUCCCCAUCACGUCGCCGCGGCCGCGCUGCGGGGGCCUCCCCGACCCCGGCGUGCGCAGCUUUGGCUUCCCGCGAGCCCAGCAGGCGGCCUUCGGGACCUACUGCUACUCGGAGUAGGGCCGCCGCGGCCCGGGCGCGAGACCUCCCGCCGCCCCCAUUCCGCAGCCCGCCACGGCCGGGGGUCCCGGGGUCCCGCCGGGCCGGGCGUGGUGGAAGAGGUGGGAGCGCCCGGCGGGACCUCGGACGCGCGGAUCCCGCGGAG